AUGGCCACUGCAGGGGCCUGCAAUGCUUCUGUAUUUGAGGACACGGAUCUUGAGGACGACGAGAUGCAGAGAGCUCAUAGUUCGAGAUCAAACCCAGCCUUAGGGCUGUCGUAUAUUGUUUGUUUAAACCAUAAAGAAGCCGACAUACAUCCUGAUGCUUCACAUUCUUCUUGUAAAUCUGCCCCCCAGGUCGAUGAACUCCGUGAAGCCAGGAUAAAGAAACCCACAGCCAAGACUCCUCCCAAACAAGCUCUGCCUCCUCAGAUCCUGCAGUUCCCCGAGGACAUGAAGAUCCUGGCCGGGGAGAAGGUGGAGAUCCUCUGCACGUUCUCUGGAGCUCCGCCCAUCACCUGCACCUGGCUCAAGUUCAGGAAACCAAUCCAGGAGGGCUCGGCUGAUAUCUCCAUAGUGACCAGCGACAGCAGCAGUAAGCUGACGAUCAGCAGUGGUCAGCAGGAGCACUGUGGCUGUUACACCGUGGAGCUGAGGAACGCUGUGGGCCUGCGCCAGGCUGCCCUCAACCUCACCAUCGUCGAUAAACCUGACCCCCCAGCAAGGGUCCCAGCAGCCUCAGACAUCCGGCGGUCCAGCCUGACCCUGUCGUGGUACGGGCCGACCUACGACGGAGGCAGCGCUGUGCAGUCCUACAACCUGGAGAUCUGGGACUCGCUGGAGCCCACCUGGAGACACCUGGUGUCCUGCAACAGCACCUCCUACAACGUACAGAACCUUCUUCCAGAGCGGCAGUAUAAGUUCCGUAUCCGGGCGGAGAACAUCUACGGAGUCGGAGAGCCGAGCGCCGAAUCUUUACCCGUCACCGUGGGACUGGUGGACGACGAUGAAGAGGCCGAGGUGGAGGAGGAGGACGAAGACUCGGAGAAGGAGCCCGACUACAGAGACGUGAGCAUCCGAGCAGACGUGAAGGUGAAGGAGCUGUACGACGUGGAGGAGAGGCUGGGAACGGGCAAGUUCGGCCAGGUCUUCAAACUGGUGGAGAAGGCGACGAAGAAGGUGUGGGCGGGUAAGUUCAUCAAGGCGUACUCGGCCAAGGAGAAGGAGAACGUACGGCACGAGAUCGGCAUCAUGAACAGCCUCCACCACCCCAAGCUGGUGCAGUGCAUCGACGCCUUCGAGGGCAAGUCAGACAUCGUCAUGGUGCUGGAGAUGAUUUCGGGCGGCGAGCUGUUUGAGCGGAUCAUCGACGAGGACUUUGAGCUGACGGAGAGAGAAGUGAUUAAAUACAUGCUGCAGAUCAUCGACGGAGUCAACUUCAUCCACAAGCAGGGCAUCGUCCACCUGGACCUCAAACCAGAGAACAUCAUGUGUGUCAACAAGACCGGCAGCAAGAUCAAACUCAUCGACUUCGGCCUCGCACGCCGACUAGAAAACGCAGGAACUCUGAAGGUUUUGUUCGGGACUCCAGAGUUCGUGGCUCCAGAAGUAAUCAACUAUGAAGCCAUCAGUUACCCCACCGACAUGUGGAGUAUAGGAGUCAUCUGUUAUAUACUGCUGAGCGGUUUGUCUCAGUUUGUCAUGGUCCCAUGUGUGUGUGUGUGUGUGUGUUUCAGGGCUCGCCUCACCUGUGCUAAGUGUUAUGAACACACCUGGCUGAAGCAGGACACCAACACCAUGAAGGCCAAGAAACUCUCCAAAGAAAGGAUGAAGAAGUACAUCCUGAGGAGGAAAUGGCAGAAAACGGGUCACGCUGUCCGAGCCAUCGGCAGGCUGUCGUCCAUGGCGAUGAUGGCCGGAGUCAGCGCCAAGAAGGGCUCGCCCACCGAAGAGGAUAACCAGUUCCUGGAGUGUCUGGAGUACGAGCAGAAGACGGAGUGUAAGCCGACGUUCAGCUCGGUGAUCAAAGACGUGGAGGUGGUGGAGGGCAGCGCUGCUCGCUUCGACUGCAAGAUCGAAGGUUACCCUGACCCCGAGGUGGUCUGGUACAAAGACGACCAUCCAAUCAAAGAGACGAGACACUUCCAGAUCGACUACGACGAGGAAGGAAACUGUUCUCUGGUCAUAUCAGAGGUGUCGGGCGACGACGAUGCCAAGUACACGGUGAAGGCGGUCAACAGUCUGGGGGAGGCGACGUGCACCGCUGAGCUGCUGGUGGAAGUGAUGGCCGGAGAGGAAGAAGAAGAAGAAGAAGAAGAGGAGGAAGAAGAAGAAGAAGAAGAAGAAGAAGAAGAAGAGGAGGAGGAGGAAGAAGAAGAAGAAUAAAGCAGUGUUGGUCUGGACUCCCACAGGAAGAAGACGAGUUGUUACUCCCCUUCAGGAAACUAUUUUACCCACAAACAGGGUUCAGAAUUAAUUCAAUUUGUUUUCGUCCA